AUGACCCUCCGAAACCGCCCCGCCCAGAUGGCCCUGCGCCGCUUCCGCACGCCCCUAGCGCCACCCGCGCGCUCCGGCACCGCUGCGGCGCUCCGAGCGGCGCAACAACAAGCGCGCUUCAUGUCCGACAUGGAGGGCAAGGACCGGCCGCCGUCCCACGAGGAGAAGACGGGCCGGUCGUUCCGCGGCCAGAUGAUGGGGAGCAUCUCGCACCGGUUGAAGAGGGAGAAGGAGGAGAUGGAGAGGUGGUCGGAGCAUAGGCAGAAGACGGCUGAUAGCUCGAGGUGGAGCUUUACCUUUGCCCUCCUCUUCACAACCGGACUCUCGUACUACCUAGGCACCCUCUACCCCCGCGAACCCGAAUCAGACUCAACCCUCCCCCUCGAAAAGACCCAACCCCCCAAGCACCAAGCCAACGUCGAAAACCUCCAAGCCGCCUGGGCCGACUUCGUCGCCAUCCUCGGCAAAGAACACGUGAGCACCGCCGAGAACGACCUCCAGCACCACGCCACCUCCGUCUGGUCCUCGCACCCGGCCAAGCCCGACGAGAAGCCCUUCCUCGUCGUCUACCCGUCUUCGACCGAGGAGGUCUCCGAGAUCAUGAAGAUCUGCCACCAGCGCCGCCUGCCCGUCGUGGGGUUUAGCGGCGGCACCAGCCUCGAGGGCCACUUUACGCCGACGCGCGGCGGCGUGUGCGUCGAUUUCGCACGCAUGAACAAGGUCGUUGCCUUGCAUAAGGAUGACCUUGACGUCGUCGUGCAGCCCGCCGUCGGGUGGGAGAGCCUCAACGAUCAACUCGCCGAGAGUAACUUGUUCUUCCCGCCCGAUCCGGGCCCGGGCGCCAUGAUCGGCGGGAUGAUCGGCACGGGGUGCAGCGGGACGAACGCCUACCGCUACGGAACCAUGCGCGAGUGGGUUCUCUCGCUGACGGUCGUCCUCGCCGACGGCACCAUCAUCAAGACGCGCCAGCGCCCCCGUAAGAGCUCAGCGGGCUACGACCUCACCAAGCUCUUCAUCGGCUCCGAAGGAACCCUCGGCCUGGUCACCGAAGCCACCCUCAAAGUAACCGUCAAACCCCCCCACACCUCCGUAGCCGUCGCCUCCUUCCCCUCCAUCGGCCACGCGGCCAACUGCGUCGCCCAAGUCGUCGGCAAGGGCAUCCCCAUCGAGGCCAUCGAGAUCCUCGACGACAAUCAGAUGAAGUGCAUCAACGACGCCGGCAUGACGCAGCGCCGGUGGACCGAGGCGCCCACGCUCUUCUUCAAGUUCGCGGGGACGCCCGACGGCGUCAAGGAGCAGGUGGGCCAGGUGAAGAAGUUGGCGCGGGACACGGGCAGCGCCACGUUUGAGUUUGCGAGGAGCGAGGAGGAGCAGCAUGAUCUUUGGAGUGCGAGGAAGGAGGCUCUUUGGAGCGCUAUGGCUGUGAGGAAGGAGGGGGAUCAUGUUUGGACGGGGGAUGUGGCCGUGCCUAUGAGUCGGUUGCCGCAGAUUAUUGAGGAGACGAAGCAGGACAUGGUCAAGAGUGGAUUGUUUGGUACCAUUGUCGGACAUGUUGGGGAUGGCAACUUCCACAUCAUUCUAAUGUACGGCGACAAGGAGAGGCUAAAGGCCGAACACGUCGUCCACAAGAUGGUCAAGCGAGCUAUCGAGCUCGAAGGAACUGUAACGGGUGAGCACGGCGUCGGCCUCGUAAAGAGAGACUACCUCCCCCACGAACUCGGAGAAUCCACUGUAGACACCAUGAGAAAGAUCAAACAAGCCUUGGACCCCCUCUGCCUCCUCAACUGCGACAAGGUAAUCAGGAUGCAGAAGCCUAAGGCCGGCGAGAUCGCUGAGUGGUGA